GGGCGCCUGCUACGUUCUUCCGUGGCGCAAGAUGGCGCUGCCCUUUGCGCGUGUGGUGUUCCUGUGCCGCUGGGGAGCCAAACGAUGGGGGAUUGCCACCGCGGAAGCCCGAAGGGGCAUCACUUUCAAACUGGAAGAAAAAACCGCCCACAACAGCCUGGCACUCUUCAGAGAUGACACAGGUGUCAAAUACGGCCUGGUGGGACUGGAGCCCACCAAGCUGGCCGUGAACGCAGAGCGCUUCCUUGAGUGGGCAGUGGUGCUGGCAGACACAGCGGUCACCAGCGGCAGGCACUACUGGGAAGUGACAGUGCAGCGCUCCCAGCAGUUCCGGAUAGGAGUGGCAGAUGUGGACGUGUCCCGGGAUAGCUGCAUCGGUGCUGACGAUCGUUCCUGGGUGUUCACCUAUGCCCAGCGCAAGUGGCACACCAUGUCGGCCAACGAAAAAGCCCCUAUUGAGGGCAUCGGGCAGCCAGAGAAGGUGGGGCCUCUGCUGGAGUAUGAGGCCCACAGGCUGAGCCUGGUGGAUGUGAGCAGGCUUGCUUUGGUCCACACGUUACAGACAGACUUCCGGGGUCCAGUAGUGCCUGCCUUUGCCCUUUGGGAUGGAGAGCUGCUGACCCAUUUAGGGCUUGAGGUGCCAGAGGGCCUCUAGUAUGUCCAUCAUUGGAGUCCCUAGUCAUGCUCUUGGCCCGCUUCCUGCUACAAGUGUCUGAAACCUUUUAACUUUCUCCCAACUUCUAGCUCCCACAAUCCAAUUUUUCAUUGGGUCUUCUGUGCCGUAUCUUAAGUCAUCUUCCUCCUCCCUACUCUGUGAGGGCUAGGCAUACAGCCACUCUCUUCCCUCCCCCAGAUUACCACUAAUAUCCUGGGCUACUGAGUGUACUUUGCCUGACUUGCUUCCUUCAGUCCCUCUGCCUCCCUAUGCCCAGAUCUACCUGCUAUACUGUUCUGGGUGUUAUCCUUCAGCUUUGUCUGAAUUUAUUCAUCAGUGAUAUUGCUCCUUCCCUUUGCCCAGUUAAGUCGGAUGUUCUUGGGGCUCUACCAAAUCUCUCCAGUUAAUCAUUGCUACCUCUGGCUAGAGAAGUGGUGCAGUCAAUGACUUGGCCCUUUCUGUACAGCAGUCUGGGGUCUGGCUCCCUCAGGAAGUGCUGUACUGUGUCAGAGUGAGAACAGAGCCCUUCUUUCCUAGUACCUCAAUGCCAGAUUCUCAGCCCCAUGCAGCUGGAGCCCUCCCCACCCCAAGUCCAUCUGCCUUAAUCUGCACACCUCUGACCCCUCAAUUGUCAGAAUAAUUGGGCCAGUUACAACCUCGACCAAAGGGGAAGAGACUCUAGGAAGAUACUGAAUGGGUUGGUGCUAGAAACAUUACUCCUGAGAAGUUCCAUCUUCAUUUGUGCUAUAGUUGGAACUACCAGAGGGAACAGGGAAGCCUAGGGUCUUGGACAAUGCACUUUUUAGCCUGCUCAGACCCAAACCCUUGCCCUGCUCUUAGCAGCAGAAUACAAUUAACCUAAGCAGUAUUUGGGU